AUGUCCACCACCACCACCACCACCACCAGCCUCCCCCCCAAAUCCACCCAACCCACCUCCAAGCUCCCCGGCGCAAACCGCAUGCCCUUCGACGGCCUCCCGACGAACUACAACGACUUCCGCGACGCGCUCUCGCGCGACGGCUACGCGGUGAUCAAAGGCGCGAUCCCGCGGGAGCGAGCGGAUCAAUACGCGGAUGCGUUUCUGAGUUAUCUGGAGGGAUUCGGACUCGGCUACAACCGCCACGACGCGAGCACGGUGCGGCGCGCCAAGCUGCCCGUGCUGAACGAGAAGGGGAUGAUCCAGGCGUACGGGGUGACGCACGAGCAGUGGGUGUGGGAUAUCCGGGGGGAGGCGGGGGUGAUCGACGCGUUUGCCAAGGUGUACGACGACGAGGAGUUGAUUGUGUCGUUUGAUGUGGUGAAUGUGGGGUUUGUGAAUCGCGAGGAUUUACCGGAGAAGUACUCCCCCCCUUUCUUACAAAACAGCAAGCCCUGGCCCCACCAGGACCAAGACCCCGCGAAGCCCGGGUUCCGCUGCCUCCAAGGCCUCAUCAACCUGCACCCCAGCGGCCCGAACGACGGCGGCCUGAUCGUCUGCAAAGGCGGGCACAACGUGUCGGCGGAGUUCCACGCGGCGAUGGCGGCGCGCGACGAGCCGCGGAUCCCGGCGUGGACGCCGGAGUGGUUCGGGUUCACGGAGGGGGGCAUGGCGUGGCUGGCGGAGCGGGGGCUGCAGUGGGAGAAGGUGUGCUGCGAGCCGGGCGAUCUGAUCGUGUGGGACUCGCGGACGCCGCAUUACAACGUGCCGCCGACGGGGGCGGUCGAUCGGCUGGCGGUGUACACGUGCUAUACGCCGGUGUGUGAGGCGAGCCGGGAGGAUUUGGUGCGGAAGAAGGGGGCUUUCGAGCAGCGGCUGGGGACGACGCACUGGCCGAACGCGGUGCAUGUUGCGCCGACGAAUGUGGCGAUGCGCGAUGGGGAGCGGUGUCCGGUCGCCAGGGAGCGGCCGGUGCAGGAGCCUGUGUUGAGUGAGCGGACGUACAAGUUGACGGGGAUUCCGUAUUUGGAGGCGAUGGGUUGA